AUGAAUUAUCUUAAGACGAAAGAUAAAUUUUUAGUUUUUAGUUAAUUUUAGCAAUUAAUUAAAGUAACAAAUUAAUUGUUUUCAACCAAAAAUCUUUGUCAGCAAAAGUUUUUGAUUUGGAAAAUUUAGUUGAGGAUUCAAAAAUAAUAGAAGAAAAUAUCAAUAUUUAAGUUUAAAAUGCUAAGUUAAACAAACAAGAGAAUAUACUCUUGGCUUCUAGUUAAAGUGGUGAAACUGUAAUUUACACUGUAAAAUAGUAAAAAGUAACAAUCAUACCAAAGAAAGAAACGAUCUUAAAAGACUUUUGGUUUUUAGAAGAAAACAUAGUCUUAGCCUUGUGUUAAUUUAAUUAGAACAUCAAUAUUAAUUAACAAAGAAGAGUAAGAACUUAAAUCUAAUUUUGGGUUUUGGAAAUAAAUAAUGAAGGAAAAAAUGGCGGAGCAAGCAUAUUACUCCGAAAAUGCCUAAAUUCUCUACGGAAUAGAUGAUUGCGAGGGAUGCAAUUACAUUUAGUAAAUGAAGAUAUAGAAGACUCAAGCUAAAGAUCAGAAUGUAUCACCUUACAGAGUUGAAUAACUCUACACAGAUAAUUUAGACUCUUCACAUCCAAUAAGUGUAAUUUACAAUGAAAAAUUUGAUACCUUCAUUGUGAACAAGCUUUAUUCCGGAGUGGAAAUAAACCAAAAUAUGAACAACAAUAUUUAUUAUAAAAUUUCUUCUUAGAAGCAUAAUGAGGUAAUUUCGUUUGCCAAAAUAGAAGAAAUAGAGUAGCUAUUGUUUAUUGUCUUUAAGUUUGUAUUGGAAGUUUGGAGCUUAGUCGAUAACUCUAUCAUAACUGAUAAAACUUUCAAAGAAGAAAUAAACAAUAUCCUCUAUUACAAAGAAUUUAAUCUGAUAGCAAUUCAAUUCAAAAAUUUUUCAUAAAUAGCUUUGUGGUAUUACAAAAUAAAUUAAAUUCACUUUCAUGAUUUUGGACAAGCUGUAAAAGACUUUUAUAUAUAAUUUUAAAAUUUAUUUGUGUUCUUCAAUGACUAAAAAUAUUUUGAAGUUUGCAUAGAUAUUACACUUUCUUAAAAUAUGAAAUGCUUAAAAUUUUUACUUCAUAGAAAGCCAAUUCAGAGUUUCAAAUUUGAUGGAACUGGCAUUUUGUACACUUGCUCUGAAAACCAAGUUAUCUCAUGGGAAAUAUCUUAAAACUCAUUCGAAUACAGAGUUCUACAAAUUUAUGAAACUGAAUAAAAUCUAACUUCUAUAAAUAAAUUCUACAUAGACUAAACUUUUCAAAGAGUUUUCAUUUAAUCUCCUACAGCUUUAGUUGCAUAUAACUUCUAAGCCUAAUUAGAAUCAAUCCUUCAUGAAAUUACUAAAUUCGAAGAUGAAUCUAACCAAGGACUUGAGUUUGGGGACACAAUCAUAGUCAAGUGGAGCAAAAAUUAUUUCAGAAUCUUCGAUAGAUCUUCUCUUCAAUACUUAGAUAAGCAAGUUUAUGACUAAAUUAUCCAACUAAUUGUUUUGAAUUAACCAAAAGUUAUUGCUGUUCUUUUAGGAUAAGAAAGUGCUAACUAAGGAAAUAUUUUGAAAUUCAAUUAUGAAUAGUUCUUCAAUCUUAGAUCUAUAGAGGGAGAUCUAUUUGAUGGAAAAAUUAACUUGCAAAAAAUCUGGUAUGAUAAUGAUUCAAGCAGGAUAGUUGGAAUUGAAAAAUCUGGCAAUAUUAUAUUUUGGGAGUAAGAAAAUGGUAAGAAAGAAAUUAGAGAAGAUCAAGUGUUAAGGCUCUCUAGUGAGUUUGAUGGCAGUGAUAUUCCGUUUUAGAAUUUAGUAUUUGAUAAAAUCCAUAACAAUAUUAUUGCCUACAACAAACAGCACAUAUACAGCAUUGAAGGAUCUGCUUAUUGGAGUAGAGGAGGAUUAUAUACAUAGGUACCUGAUUUAGAGAUGACUAGUGUCGAUAAUUAAGACUUAGAAAGAGAUCCAGAAUAUGAUAGACCCUAUUUCUAUGAUAAAAAUAUGAAAUAAUUUAUCUUUUUGGAUGGUUUUAACAACAUUAUUAUGAUGAAAGAAAAUAAAUAAUAUUUUAUGGUUAGGUCUAAUUAAAGAUAUCGUAAAUUGAUUUAAAUCAACUCUUUUAUGCUUGUUGCCUAUGAUUAAGAAGAUCUAUAUUUAUUGAGAGUAGAAUAACAGCAAGUUUAAACCAUAUCUUUUUUGCAUAAUCAAAGAAUAAUUAAUUGUAGAUCAGAAAAUAUCUCUAAAAAGACAUUUUCUAAUUAAAAUUUACUACAAUACAUAGUCUGUUUUAAUAGAGAAAGAUAAGUUAUUUAGUAUUUCUUCAAAUGCACUUCUGACAAUUUAUGUAAUAUUACACAAUAAAUCAUCUACCAUCAUCCAACUAUGAGAAUUAUGGAAAUAAGGCUUAUUUUUCCUUACAUUAUUACUUACGAUAUUUCAGGCUUAGUUUACAUUUAUAAAUAAAAUAUUAAUAAUAUAGAUUAUAGUUCUAAUAACUUUCUAAAAGGAAGUAUAAUUGAUCAACACUAACUUAAAUAACCUAUAGUAUAUUCGAAUGCUAAUUUUAAGGAUGGUUAAAUUAUUAUGUAGUCGUAAAAAGAGAUAUUGGUGGUAAAUAUUAAAAGUAAUGAGAUUUAAACAUAUCAUAUUUAAAAGUAAUAUCCUAUAUAACUUGUAUACUCUGAUUUUGAAUUUUAAAGGCUUUUCAUUUAGUAAAAAAAUAUAAAAAUUUUGAAUGUCUAUCUUAUUAACUAUGAAAAAAAAUACGAAGAAAUGUUAAUUUAGAAAGUACAGCUGACUUCUUUGUAAGGAAACUCUUUGAUUAACACUUCGAAACAUAUUCUUAUUUAUAAUGGAUUUUAAAUAAAUUUGUAUGACAGAAAAUCUCUUUAAAUUUUAGACUACUACAAGAGUCCUCGCUAAAGUAAGUAUAUCUACUCUAUUAAGAUUAUAAGCGAUGAGAUUUUUGUUACAAUAGAAAGAUUUGGUAUUAGAAUUUUCUAUCUAACUAACCUGUUUAAUUAUUAAAUAUCUUAAAUCAAAUUCUUUAAAGCAUUAAAAAUAGACUCACCUUUAUUGAUUUCUAGAGCUUAUGAAAAUAAUAUUAUAUUUCUUAUAGGCUUGAGCAGUAAUUCAUUUUUUAAUUAUACCAUUUCAGUCGAGAAUUCUUAAAUUUGCAAAUAUGCUUUCCCACCUCUCGCAAAUAAUUAUUAAUUGCUUUAUUUCACUGAAAAUAUAGAAUCUUCACAAAAAUAGUUGUCAGAUACUACCUAAAACCUAAAAUAUAAUUUCCUGAUCUCAUUUUUUCCAAAUUAUGAUAAUAAGCAGCUUAGUUACAUAAAUAAAUUUAAUAACCAAUCUCAAGAAAGUUCAAUUACAUAUUAAUCUUCAUCAAAUUAAUCUAUUUUGCUUCUUAAUGCUGAUUUCUUUAUGGCUUACUCCUAAAAAGUUCUUGUUUUGCAAAAUAUUGUCUUAAAAAUAGAUAGAAGUGAAAUUCCUUACUAAUAUGAGUAGCUUGUUAUAAAAUUCAAUUCAUAGAUUGAAAAAGUAAAAUUUUAUAAUGUAACUAUCUUAGGAGGAGAUGAAAUUAAGAAUUUUUAAAUUAUAUUCUAAGACAUGGAAAAAGUAUUAAUGAGUAAUAUAACCAUUACACACACAAAACUGCUCAACUCUAAUUUGUUUUAUUUUUAAAAUUGUGAAAAAGUGGAAAUUUAUGAUUUAAAGAUAUAGGACGUAAUAGCUUAAAACUCAACUAUUGUCUAAAUGCUAAAUAUUAAUUAAAUUAUGACAAUAGAUUAAAUUUAAAUAAAAAGUGUUUUUACAGAUAGGAGUUUAUUUUAUCUUUCUGUGAUUAAAGAUGCUUCAAUAAAGGAUAUUUUUAUUGAAAAUGUUUAUUUCUUAAAAGAAUAUUUAUAACAAUAUAAUAGACAGGAUUUUAAUUAUUACAUUAUUCAAGUAGAAGCAGUUAAGAAGUAUAUUUAAGUAAAUAAUUUGCAUGCCACAUAAGUUGAAAAUUUAGGUAUAUUUAAAUACACGAACACCUAUUAAGGAUACAAUUAUGAUUAAAUGGUUUAUUAUGAUAAAAUUGUCGUUUAAAAUGUUAUAAUGAAACACUUAAAAUCUGAUAUUUCUGAUUCUUUUUUCUCUUUAUCUGGAUAUACCGCAAGUAUAAACUCUUUUAAUACUUAAAAUUUGACUUGUAUCUCUUGCUUUGGAACCUCUUUAUAAGUUCUAAACUAUGUAUUAUUGACUAUUUAAAAUUCUUAAUUUAAAGAAUCGACAGGCUACAUUGGAGGAGCUAUUUUUUUAGAUCCCGAUUCAUCUUAAAAGACUUCAUUCUAUCUCAUCAAAGCAGAAUUUUAAUCAAACAGUGCCACCUAAUAUGGAGGAGCUAUUUUCCUUAAAUAAUUUAACUUGGUGCAUGUUAAGGAUGUUACCUUUUAAUCAAACACAGCUCCCAUAGGAGGUGCAUUUAGGUAUUUUACAAAAUAGAAACCUCAAUUUCCUAAAAACUUUGCUUAACAAGUUAUAUUUUAGAAUAACACUGCAACAAUAUUCGGAAAUGAUUAUUGUUCUUACCCACAUAAAAUGAAGAUUUAGAGAAUCAAUAAUGAAGAUGAGAGUUACAGCAUAGAGGAAAUCAUAUUGAGUUCGAUUGGUAAGGAAAAAAUAGAAUCAAAAAAAGAAAUUGAAGCUUAUAUUGCAAAAAAUAAGUUAAAUAUAAUUCAAGUCUUUGAAAUCUUUGGUAUCAGAAGUGGCUCACUAUUAGGACUGAACGUGACACUUUAUGAUGAAUUAGAUUAGCUAAUUAAAUUACCUUAAAGUUUAGACCAAUAUGGAAUUGAGUUAAACUAAGAACUGGAGCAAUAUGAAAUUGUAUUUUCAUCAUCAAACUACAAUUUAAUAAUAGACAAGAAGCUAACUUAUCCUUUGAUCUUGCCUACUUUAUCCUAAAAUAGCUAACAAGAGCCAUAUAUUAAUUCUUAUUUUUUAAUUUAAGAUACUGCUGUAAUUGGGCAGCCUCUAGAGCAUGAUUAUAUGGUGAUGGAAGUACCAUUUAUACAUAAUUUUUUUUCGUAAAAUACUAUCCUCGAAACAGGAAACAACAACUUAUAAAGCAAAAAAUAAAUCUUGUUCAAAGUUAAUUUUAGAAAUUGUGCAUAAGGUGAAAUCUUACAAAAGUCUAAUUAAUAUACCUUAUCUUGUCACAGAUGCGAGGAUAACUCUUAUUCGCUGGUAACAUAUGAAAAAGCUAAUACAUUUGCAGAUUUGUAAGCUAUGUAGUAAGAAAUAAAAUGUUAGCGAUGCCCUUAAUUUGCAGAAUCAUGCUAAAGAAACCAAAUAGUUUUAAAAGAUAAUUACUGGAGAACAGCAAAUAAUUCUGAUGUAAUCACAUAUUGUGAGAACAAACCUGAAAAUUGCAUUGCUGCUAAUGAAAAUAUGUAGUAUUGCAUAGAAGGAAAUAUAGGGCCUCUAUGUGAAGAAUGUGACAUUAAUGGAGAAUAUUGGGGUUAAUCAUACACAAGGUAAGGAGAUUACUCUUGCUCUCCUUGCUAAGGCAAUUCUAAUCCAAUAGUCAAAUAAAUAUUUUUAUAUUUAGGAAUAUUGAUAUAUCUGGCUUUCUCGAUUGUAUUUUUUUUGUAGAUUUACAUCUAAACAGCAAAGACCUAUUAUUUGCGUUAGUUAGGGAUUGUGAGCUUAGGAAAUAGCUCAUUAAAUCACAGAAGCUCUAUUUAUGCUAAAUAAAUGCUUCAUUACUUUUAAGUUAUGAGUGUUCUUUAGGUUCUGGAUUAUAAAAUGCCAAUUUCAUUUACUUUGGUUCCAAAUUCUUUAGGUUCACCUAUUCAAAAUAUGAAUGGAGCUAUUGAUUGCAUUUUUAGUUAUGGAAAUAUACCGUAAGUUUAUAUUAGAGUAAUAGUUAGUCUUCUGAUACCGAUUAUUUUUAAAUGCAUAACCUACUUGUUUAUCAAAGUAUUGCUAAAAUUAAUGAAUAUCAAAAUUAAGCAACAGAAAAUACAAAUGGUAGUUAUAUUCUCGAUCAUUUUCUUUCAACCUAAUGUGGUUAACUACUUUGUAUCUGUCAUUUCUUGCAGAAAGAUAGGUAACAUAAAUUAUGUUAACGCAGAUCUUACUUAAAUUUGCUAUAGCGAGCAGCAUCUUUAGUAUACAUAUUAUUUAGUCUUGCCAAGCCUUUUUAUUUGGGCUUUAUUUCCUCUGAUAAUUUUAAAAGGACUAUAUAACUGCAAAAGCAAAUUAAACUUCAUUACUACUCAGUAUAAUUAUGGUUUCUUAUAUAUGGAAUAUAGAGACAAAUGCUAUUAUUGGGAGUUUGUCAGAUUAUAUGUGAAGUUAAUCAUUUUCUUGACAAUCAAUAUGUUUAAGUCAUAACCAAAUGUGAGCUAUAUUUUUGUGGCAAGCUACCUAAUUGUAUAUGCCUAUUACAUUCUAAAACUGAAUCCUUUUCAGAAUAACUUUCUAAAUACUCUUGAUUUUAAAACUGUUGUGGUCUUAUUGACUUGCAUUUUCUUUAAUAUAAUAUAUAAAAAUACUUCUAGCGAUGUUAUUAAAGAUAUUGUAAGCAUUUUAUAGAUUGUAAUAUCUUAUGGCUUUUUACUCUUGCUUGCAUUUUACAUGAUAAAGCAAAAAAUCAAAGAACUUAAAAAAUAUUUAUUAAAAAAGUUUGUGAAUUGGAAAGUUAAAUACCCAAACUUUUUACCAGAAUGUUGUAAAAAAAUAAACUUGGAAGAUAGUACGAUGAGGGUGAAUGUGAAUUGGUUGAGGUUUAAAAGAAAAGUGUACAGAUCAAUAAAAAUUAAAAAAAAUAUGGAUACAUUGAAUGAUUUAAACACUUAAUAAAUUGAACAAACUUAAAAAGAAAAUUAGCAAUUUGACCAAAAUUAAUCCUGCAAAGUAGCUUUCUAAAUGAAAUAAUUGGAUUUCUUCUUAUAAAAUGAUAAAAAUAUGCCAGUAUCAUUGUUAAAUUUUGGAAUGAACAGUGCCAAAAAUAAAAAAACUGAAAAGACCUUAAACAAAAUAGAUGAUCACUUACAAAACUCAAAGGGGCAAAUAGGAUAAAAGGAAAUAGAAUUAAACAAUAUAGAAACAACAUCUUCAAGAGUAUUUCCAAAUUUUAAGACUAAACCAACUCUUGUUCAUAUUGAUAUCAAUAAAAUUAACACAUCUCAAACUUUCAAAUUAAAUUAACUUUAUUCUGAUAUCAAUUUUUCUACUCCAGUUAAUAAUUUUAAUAACCCAGAAGAGUCACCUUUUGAUAAUACUGUAGCUCCAUUUCCUCUAGGAUUCUAAGAUGAAAAUAUUUAAUUAAAUAAGAAAAAACCGAGAGCCAGAUAAAUUUAGGAACAAGUUAUUCAAGAAAUUUCAUGCACAGUCAGCAAGCAAAUCAAUGAGUCUUAGCUCAACAAGUUAAUGAGCGAAUAAAAUAUGGCAAGAAGCAUUUCUUUAAACUCAAAUUCUACAAAAAGCAUUUCUUAAAGUAAAAUGGAUGAGAUGAGUAGUGGUUAAUAAACAGAAAAGAAAAAUACAAAAUAAAACUCAAAUUUUUCAUCAAAUAAAUAAACAAUUCCUUUAUUUGGAAGCAUAAAAAAUGUUUUUUCAAAGAUAAAAAAGUGA